AUGGAUCUGAACGUAAUGGACAAACUGCGCCUGCUCAAAAUCGACACGGAUUUGCGGCCGCAGAUAAAAAUGAAACCGAUGAGCCGUUAUUAUUUCCUCACAUCGACGAAUCCGGUCGAGCAAUUUUUCGCGUUCGCCUCUACCGCCGCCUGGCUAAUAAGGAAGACCGGCCAGGAGUUCGAGCAGCCGAACGAAGAAGACGACCCGAACGCAACGAUAGCUAGCAUUCUGGACGUGCUGCGCGAAAGAGAGGUGUCUGUGGACUUUUCCUCGCACAAACUCAAGCAGGGAUGCGGCGAUCAGGUGUGCUACAUACUAAACGUUUUGGCGGACGAGGCGUUGAAGAAGGAGAACUUUGAAUGGCAAAAACCCAUCGUCGACAUCGCCGAGCCCGAGGAAUCCAGUGAGGACCUCGAUCAGGUGGAGGACGAGACAGAGAUAUUUCUAGACAAGGUCGAAGAGGAGGAGGAAGUGUACUCAGACGAUUCGAGCGAUGAGAACAGAAUAGAAAAGGAUCCAGUGAAACCGGUCAGCAAGGUCCACGACUGGGAAGAGUGGAAGUUAGAAGUGGAGAGGGUCGCGCCGGCUCUGAGGCUGAAGAUAUCCGCAGACGGCAGGGACUGGAGGGCGCGGCUGGCGCAAAUGGAGGCGUACAAGGGCGAACUGUGCGAAAGACUGAAAACAACUGGAUCGCAGCUAAAUAAGCUACACGGGAGCAUCAGCUCCGUCAUGGACAAGGUCGCGGCGCGCGAGAACAUUCUGAACGAGCAGUUCGAGCCGUUGGUCAAAGAGUACGGAUCACUGUUGAAUGAGUUGAACAAGGUCAAUAACGAGUACAAAGAGGUGAGCGUCGGCGUGACGGAGCGCCAGGAAAGGUUAAACGAGCUGACGGCGAAGCUGGAGAAAGUUAAACAACGGACGGAGCAGAAGGGGUCCUCGAUGAACGACGCCUCGCCGCUGGUGGCGGCCAAGAAAGCGGUCGAAACCCUGAAAAAGGAUAUACAGGAGCUGGACUUCCAGAUCAUCGUGCUGCUCUGGUUGCUCAUCUCGAAGGAGAACUCGAAGAGCAACAACUUUUUGACUAAUCCCGAGUCCAGGAUGAAUUAUAGUGAGGUGUAU